AUGGCUAUCGCCGCCGUGCUGUCCGUGCUACAGACUAGCGCAGUCGAGUACCCCUACCACACACUCGCCGCAGCCGCCAUCAUCGCCCCAUUCCUCUACGUCAUCCUCAAUGAAUUCGUGCGCUCGUCUGCCCGCGUCAAGGGCAUGAAGGGCCCAGCAGGCUGGCCCUUGAUCGGUAACCUAUGGCAUAUCCGCACGAACGCCGCUGAGCAGUAUCGCAUAUGGUCCAAGAAACAUGGAGCCGUCUACCAGAUCCAACUUGGCAAUAUUCCCGUCGUUGUUGUGAACUCUGCGGCGUCUGCAAAGGUCCUGUUUGGUCAGAAUGCUCAGGCGCUCAGCUCCAGGCCUGAGUUUUAUACUUUCCACAAGAUUGUUUCCAACACCGCCGGAACAACGAUCGGAACCUCGCCGUACAGCGACUCCCUGAAGAGACGAAGAAAGGGCGCUGCGUCGGCGCUGAACCGCCCCUCGGUAGACACGUAUGUUUCGCAUCUCGACGUCGAGUCCAAAGCUUUCGUAGAGGAGCUACACAGAUAUGGAAACCACGGCAAGACACCCGUCGACCCGAUGCCGAUGAUCCAGCGAUUGAGCUUGAGUCUGGCAUUGACGCUGAACUGGGGCGUGCGAGUCGCAUCACAAGAAGAAGACUUGUUCGAUGAGAUCACCCAUGUCGAAGAGGAGAUCAGUCGGUUCCGAAGCACGACUGGAAAUCUGCAAGACUAUAUUCCCUUGCUGAGACUGAAUCCUUUCAGCUCGAAUUCGAAGAAGGCUGCGGAGAUGCGCAUCCGGCGUGAUCGGUACCUUGGCGCGCUGAAUCGGGAUUUGGAUGAUCGAAUGGCGAAGGGGACUCACAAGCCUUGUAUCCAGGCUAAUGUUAUUCUGGAUAAGGAGGCCAAGCUUAAUUCUGAGGAAUUGACUUCCAUUAGCUUGACUAUGCUUUCGGGUGGACUUGACACGGUGACUACGUUGGUUGCGUGGAGUCUUGGGCUGUUGGCUCAGCGUCCUGAUAUCCAAGACCGGGCCGCGAAGGCUAUUAAGGAGAUGUAUGGGCAGGAUGAUCCCAUGUGCUCGGUGGAGGAUGAUCAGAAGUGUGCGUAUGUUGUGGCGCUUGUCAGGGAGUGUCUCCGAUUCUUCACCGUUUUGCGAUUGGCACUUCCUCGCACCUCGAUCAAGGAUAUCACCUACAAUGGCAUUGUGAUUCCCAAGGGCACGGUAUUCUUUUUGAACGCUUGGGCAUGCAACAUGGAUCCCGACGUAUGGACUGACCCGGAUGAGUUCCGCCCCGAGCGCUGGCUCGAGCAACCGGACGCACCACUUUUCACCUACGGCAUGGGCUACCGUAUGUGUGCCGGGUCCUUGCUAGCCAACCGUGAGCUGUACCUUGUAUUCAUGAGAACGCUCAACAGUUUCCGCCUGGAGCCCUAUGACAAAACGGACUGUCAUCCGGUCCGGGGUAACUCGGAUCCGAGCAGCUUGGUAGCCAUUCCUGAGAGGUACAAGGUCCGGUUCGUGCCGAAGAACGACAGAGCUCUGUCGAAGGCGCUUGCAUGA